AUGGAAGCGGACUUGCGGUCGACUCGCUGGGACGGAAGUCGGUUAUCAUCGUCUUUCCCUAGACAAGGGUGGUCUCAACAGUCGCCGUCCUACGCGCCUUUAUCAGGCGAUGCAGGCCCCUCCCACCAAGCAAGCUGGCACUUCUUCGAAGCCUUUCCCGAGAACGAGUCAUUCCGAGACCACUAUUCUUCGCCUCUGCGUGAAGUGCACGAAGACCUCCAAUCCGGGUCUCGAAUAGACCGCGCUACUCGUCUAACAUCUUCGCGGCCGUCUACCGUACCAACGCAGCCCGUUCUGGUCAGAGCGUACUCUGGAAAUGCAGAGGAUGAACCGAGGAGCAAGCUGUCAUCCAUGUCUCCGCGCCGACUGUUCCCGUUCACCGGGUCCAGGAGUUCGGCCACCCCCCGUCCAUCUGGUCCGCCGCUCCCGUCGGAUAAAGACUUCAGUAUUGAUAGUAUACUGCAAGCCAUCGAUCCUGAUAUCCGUGGAACAUUGGACUCAAUCGCCGAAAUCUGUGGACGCAGCAGAUUGAGUCUUGCGAAUGAGUACGACAGUCAUAUCGCCCCGUUGGGGGAGAUUCGAGCCCCGCCAGGAGGUGGCCUAGUGCCGGUUGAAGAGGCAAGCUCGAGUGAUGAACGUCGCGCCGAUGAGGGUGUUCUUAUCUUUGACGACGACCCCGGCAUGAUGGACACGGGACGUGAUAUGCAUCCGUUCUCUUUCUAUCGCUAUUUAGAGAAUCUCCGGCACGCUGCAUCGACCCUGGAACGCAACGGAGGACGGUCCUCCUUGGUGGCUACGCAGUCUGCCAUAAGAAAUGGACAGUCGGGUGAAGUUGCAAAUCUAGAAAGAAACACACUGCCAGCGAUUCGCGAGUUUCCCUCGGGACCAAAGAACUCCAGCCGAGACCUGCUGGGGAAGCACAACCCCUCUGGCCUAGCCGGGCAGUCCUCACAAGAUAUAGCUACUCCAGCUAUGGUCUCGGAAAUCCACUUUGAAGCACAAGCAGACGAUCAGCACACUGUUGCGGAGCCGCGCAUUGCUGUGGAUGGCACGAGUUUUGGUGGAAUCCAAGCGUCGGACCGUUGGAACACGUCCGAUGUGGUCCAAUCUCUCCUUGGCUGGCUGAGGUGGACGACCCGAGUCGUUGAGCCAGACUCGCGGCCUGCCUUGCAAUCAGCCGAGGACCGUCUACGGGCUAUGCUCGGGCGAGCAGGCGACGAGCAUACUCCUUUGCCAGUGGCGUAA